UGUGUUAAGGAGGCAGGCUGCAGAACCAUGAGCUAACACCCCCAGCAGUGGCAGAGCAGUUUAAUUUAAAGAAAGCUCCUGAUUUGGCAUUCCUGGGAGAUCCUUUUCUAAGGAGAUGCAAAAAUGAAUGGCGCUGGAGUCUUGCUUCGAAGCAACCAGUUCAUCCUCCUGCUGCUAUUCCUCCUGCAAAUUCAGAGUCUGGGUCUGGAUAUUGAUGGUCGCCCGACCGCAGAAGUCUGUGCUGCCCACACCAUUUCACCUGGACCCAAAGGAGAUGGUGGUAGAAAAGGAGAUCCAGGAGAAGAAGGAAAAGAUGGCAAAGUGGGACGCAGGGGGCCAAAAGGAAUUAAAGGAGAAUUUGGUGACAUAGGAGCCCAGGGCAUGAUUGGCAAGUCUGGGCCCAUUGGCAAGAAAGGUGACAAAGGAGAGAAGGGUUUGCUUGGGAUUCCUGGAGUGAAAGGCAAGGCAGGUACUGUCUGCGAUUGCGGAAGAUACCGGAAAGUUGUUGGACAACUGGAUAUUAGUGUGGCCCGGCUCAAGUCGUCUAUGAAAUUCGUCAAGAACGUCAUAGCAGGGAUUAGGGAAACUGAAGAGAAGUUCUACUACAUCGUGCAGGAGGAGAAGAACUACAGGGAAUCCCUGACCCACUGCAGGAUUCGGGGUGGAAUGCUAGCCAUGCCCAAAAGCGAAGCCAUCAACAGCCUCAUCGCUGACUACGUGGCCAAGAGUGGCUUCUUCCGCGUGUUCAUUGGGGUGAAUGACCUCGAGAAGCAGGGGCAGUACGUGUUCUCGGACCACACCCCACUGCAGAACUACAGUAACUGGCAGGAGGGGGAGCCCAGCGACCCCUUUGGGCAUGAGGACUGCGUGGAGAUGCUGAGCUCAGGCCGGUGGAACGACACAGAGUGCCAUCUCACCAUGUACUUCGUCUGCGAGUUUGUCAAGAAGAAAAAGUAGCCUCCCCGAUGCCACACUUCCCUGUGACUGGCACCGCAGUUAUCUGUAUCCAUCUCUGCCUUCCUAAUUACACUAGAUUCACUCUGACUCAAAUGAGAAAUGCCAAGUGGGGGGUGGCAUCUCCAUAGCGUGCUCUUGGUACCAAUUCUGACAUUAUUGUCCAUGAUGUGUCCCUGACCUGAGAGCUCAGAAGGUUCCAUGGCUCCAGAGAGAGAGAGAGAGAGUGAAUUGCCAGUGGGAUAGGAGGUGUUUGUCUGUGUCUGCC